AUGGCCGCGCCGCGCACGCUCUACGACAAGAUCUGGGACGACCAUCUGGUUCACGAGGCCGACGACGGCACGUCGCUGAUCUAUAUCGACCGGCAUCUGGUCCAUGAGGUAACCAGCCCGCAGGCGUUCGAAGGCCUGCGCAUGGCCAACCGCACCGUCCGCCAGCCCGAAAAGACACUGGCCGUGGUCGACCACAAUGUGCCGACCUCGCCAGACCGGCAUCUGGGCAUCAAGAACGAGGAAAGCCGCAUCCAGGUCGAGGCGCUGGCCAGGAACGCCGCCGAUUUCGGCAUCGAAUACUAUUCCGAGAACGACCGCCGGCAGGGCAUCGUCCACAUUGUCGGCCCCGAGCAGGGCUUCACCCUGCCGGGCAUGACCAUCGUCUGCGGCGACAGCCACACCUCGACCCAUGGCGCGUUUGGCGCGCUGGCGCACGGCAUCGGCACGUCCGAGGUCGAGCACGUUCUGGCCACCCAGACGCUGAUCCAGAAGAAGGCGAAGAACAUGCUGGUGCGCGUCGAUGGCGUCGCGCCCGACGGCGUGACGGCCAAGGACAUCAUCCUCGCCAUCAUCGGCCAGAUCGGCACCGCCGGCGGCACCGGCCAUGUCAUCGAAUAUGCGGGCGAUGCGAUCCGCGCGCUGUCCAUGGAAGGGCGCAUGACCGUCUGCAACAUGUCGAUCGAGGGCGGCGCCCGCGCCGGCAUGAUCGCGCCCGACGAGACCACCUUCGCCUACAUCAAGGACAAGCCCCGCGCACCCACGGGCAAGGCAUGGGACAUGGCGCUCGCUUACUGGAAAACGCUCCACACCGACGAAGGCGCCCAUUUCGACAAGAUCGUCACGCUCGACGCCGCAGAUCUGCCGCCGAUCGUCUCCUGGGGUUCGUCGCCCGAGGAUGUCGUCUCGAUCGAGGGCAGCGUGCCGGACCCCGACGAGAUCGAGGAUGCCAACAAGCGCGCCUCCAAAUGGCGCGCGCUCGACUAUAUGGGGCUCAAGCCGGGCACCAGGAUCACCGAUAUCGAGAUCGACCGUGCGUUCAUCGGCUCAUGCACCAAUGGCCGCAUCGAGGAUCUGCGCGAAGUCGCCCGCGUGGUGGAGGGAAAGCGCGUCGCCGAGCGGGUCGAUGCGAUGAUCGUCCCCGGCUCGGGCCUGGUGAAGGCACAGGCCGAGGCCGAAGGGCUCGACGCGAUCUUCAAGGCGGCGGGUUUUGACUGGCGCGAGCCGGGCUGCUCCAUGUGUCUUGCCAUGAACGACGACCGGCUGAAGCCUGAAGAGCGCUGCGCAUCGACGUCGAACCGCAAUUUCGAGGGCCGGCAGGGCUAUAAGGGCCGCACCCAUCUCGUCUCGCCGGCCAUGGCAGCCGCCGCAGCGAUCGCCGGACGGUUUGUCGAUAUACGCUCGCUGAAAGACUGA